AAUGAUAAAUAUUUCAAUGUUUUUGUGGCGGUAUUUCUAAUUUAUAACAUUUAAUAUGAAAGUUAUCAUAACAAUUGGAUUUUUUGUACAUAUAAUUUUCUUAUUUUCAAUUUUUGAUAUUUAUUUUAAAUCUCCCGUGAUUACCGGAAUUCCACCUAGACCAGAACUAACUGAUGCUCCAGCAAAUCGUUUAGUAUUAUUUGUAGCUGAUGGAUUGAGAGCUGAUUCUUUUUUUAGGCUAAAUCAUAACAAAAGUAGUGAAACACCUUACCUCAGGUCAAUUUUAGAAAAAUAUGGUACAUGGGGAGUGUCCCAUACCAGAGUCCCUACGGAAUCAAGGCCUGGUCAUGUGGCUUUAAUUGCAGGGCUUUAUGAAGAUCCUUCAGCUGUUGCAAGAGGUUGGCAAGAGAAUCCAGUACAUUUUGAUUCAGCAUUUAAUAGAAGUACAGAAACUUGGUCAUGGGGUAGUCCUGAUAUUCUCCCGAUGUUUUCGAAAGGAUCCAAAUCUGGAAAAGUUCAUACAUAUUAUUACAAUUCAGAAGAGGAGGAUUUUUCUGGAAAAAGUGAUACCUUUUUACUUGAUCUAUGGGUUUUCAAAAAAGUUGAAAAUUUUUUUAAUGAUGCCAGAAAAGAUAAAGAUUUAUUUCUUCGACUGCAUCAAAAAAAGAUAAUUUUUUUUCUUCAUUUGUUAGGAUUGGAUACAGCCGGGCAUACAUAUAAGCCUUAUUCAAGAGAAUUGGAAAAAAACUUAAACAUUGUUGAUGCAGGCAUUAAACAGAUUGAAAAGGUCAUACAAACAUUUUAUAACUAUGAUAACAAAACAGCAUUCAUAUUUACAUCAGAUCAUGGAAUGACUGAUUGGGGAUCCCAUGGUUCAGGUAGUACACAUGAAACAGAAACGCCAAUUGUAAGUUGGGGUGCGGGCAUUAACUUUCCAAAGGAAUCUAUAAAUUUGAAGUCUACAUUAAGCCCAAUAAAUUGGGGUGUAAACGAUAAAUUUAGGAAAGACAUUAUGCAAGCAGAUGUAUCACCAUUGAUUUCUGCAUUGAUUGGCUCAGCUGUAUCGGUUAACUCUGUAGGUAUGUUACCAUUACCUUAUUUGAAUGCAUCACAUGAGUACUUGGCCAAAGCUUAUUUUCAUAAUGCACUUCAAUUGGGAGAUCAAUAUAAACAUAAAAAGACUUUAGUGGAAUCAAAUCUUUGGAAUAUAUUUAAGAGACCAUUUAAUGAACUGGAUGAUAAUAGUAUGAAAAAUAUUAUUGCAAAUGUUGAACAUUCAAUGCAAUUAAAGAAAUAUGAUGAUGUUGUGAGUUAA